UUGGAUCAAUGCUAUUCAUUUUUUAUAUUUCUUUUCUAUUUUUAUUUCUUGUAUAAAAUUAUUAUUAUUGUUUUUAUUAAUGGGAAUAUUGCAUAUGAAAAGAUUAUAAAUUAGAGGCGAGACUGUCGUUUUAAUGUAUCUUUUAAAAGUAAAAUCAAUUUAUAAUGUCUAAUAAAACUUACUAUGAACAAUGGCUCAAAAUGAAAAAUAAGCUAGAAGAGGCUAUAUCUGAAGAUAGCCGUAUACAAGAAUUAGCAGUCGCAUUUGUAGGAAUCAAGCCACAAGCAACUGCAGUUGAAAUUGUCGCUCGAGCCUAUUGUAAAUAUUGUGAACUAUAUAAUAAAUUGUGUGACUGUUAUGAUCAAAUGGAACAAGUUCAGAGGCGGCCUUUCAUACGAAAUUUAAUUGAUGCAAUAACGUGUCGGAUCCUCGAACUCAAAUGUACUUUAGAAGAGGUAGAAGUUUUUGAAUAUACCUAUCCUGAAAAUGCUCUACAACAAAUGCUUAUGGUUCCUCAGGACAUCCAAAUACUUUGCCCAUUUCAUUAUCCAUUCGAAAUAAGGCAGGAGGAAAUGCAAUAUAUAAUAGAUCAGAUUUUUUCCGGUAACCGAAUAGGAGAUCCAACACCAUCACCAUCUGAAAUUGAACGACGAGAACAAGAAAGACUAGAGGAGGAGGAAAGAAUACGCGUGGAAAAAGAAGCAGAAAUAAAAAGAAAAUUAGCCAUGGGUGAAGAUAUUUCUGAGUCCGAAUCUGUCCAAUUAUCGCCCAAAGAAUUAGAAGAAUUGAGAUUGCAACAGGAAUAUAAUAAUCACAUAUGGAAUAUUCAAAGAAUGGAGCGAUCAAGAUCUACUGUUAGAGAAAAAACUCGUUUGUUCAAUAAAAAUACUGAUUUAUAUCUUGAACUUGCUGGAAUUAAGGCGCCACGAGCUAGCGAACAUCUAAGACAAAGGGCAACAAUACUAAUACAAACCAUAUAUAGACGUUUUCAAGAACUUAAAAGAGAACACUUGAAAGAAAAUAAAGUAAAAUAUAAACUUGAUAUGAUUAUACCGUCAUGUCCAGAACCAUCUGCCAAAACACAACUAGAAAAAGUUAAAGAGGUGCGCCGAAAUUUCAGACGUAAGUAUUAUGAAAAAUGGUUACAGGAGAAUUUAAAAGAAAAUAGUCGCGUAUUUAAGUUAAGAGAAGGAAGUAUAAUGGAGGAUAUAUCCGCAGAGAUUAGAGAUUGGUUACAAAGUUGGUAUCAAGAAGUACGUGUUUUUGAUGAAUUCCCUUACCCCGAAGAAGGAGGUUCUAUACUCAUAGUAAAAGGAGAAACAUUUACAUUAGAUGAAUAUAUUGAAUGGCGUACAGCGGAAGAAAAGAGAUUAAAAGCAACGGAAGGGCAACAAAAAUCUAAAGAGGAAAUAAAAGCUGAAAAAUUAGCUGCUCGUGAAGAAGAAAAGAGAUUGAAACUUGAAGCUAAAAAAAGAGAAGAAAAACGCUUACUUGACUAUAAAAAACAAAGGCUUAAUCCAGAUAAUGAUCCUGGAGUUUAUUUUACAAUUGGUAAAAAUUUUGAACCCCUUCGUGAGGCUUGGAAUAGAUACGAGAAUCAAUGGAAAAAUAUAGACACAAAAGAUGCACCGUUAGAUGUAAUAAAAGGAUUUCUAAUGAAUCUUAUUACUGAAAAUGCAUACCAAGAUAUACAUCUUAAACUUCGUCCAAUUGUUGACGAAUUAAUGAGGAUCGAAUUUAAUAUUCUUAAGGCUGCUCUGAAAAAGGACUAUCAAGAAGCUGGUGUGAGCCUACCUUUGAUCAAAAAAAGGAAAAAACCUAAAAAGGUCAAACCACCUAAGCCAGAAAAAAUACCACCAGCCACUAUGUUUCAAGCAUUAGUAGAUCAAGGUAUCAUACGAAAAUAUCCACAUACAACACUUGAUGAUUUCUGGGCAGACCAAAAUUAUGCUGCAGCUGUAACACGUGCUAUACCUUGGACACCUAGUUUUCCUUCACCUUGUUUAGGUGAUGUUAAAGAACAAGUCAGAAUUCGGUGUCUUCUCACACUUGGAUCUUCAUGUCCCAAUGCCAUUAGAAACCAACUCAUAGUUGGUCCAAAAGCCUCUGGUAAAAGAACCCUAAUAUAUGCAAUAGCAACAGAAACAAACUCCAUUCUAAUCGACUUAUCUCCUAUGAAUGUAUACAAUAAAUUUCCUGGUCCUAAAAAUUUGAAAACUAUGUUUAAUUAUGUUAACAAAAUUAGCAGAAUGAUGCAACCUAGUAUUAUUUUUGUUGACAAUGCUGAUAAGAUUUUUUGUAAAAGAGUUCCGAAAGAAGAGAAGGCUUUCGAUCCUAAGCGACUUCAAAAAGAUUUCUUCAAAGAAAUAAUUAAACCUAUAAACCCCAGUAACGAUAAAAUUUUGGUGUUGGGUACAGCAGCAGAGCCAUGGUUAGCAAACGGUCGGCAAAUGUAUAAAGCAUUCCCUUCCUUAAUUCUUAUGCCCAGAUCUGACUAUGGGAGUAUAUCGUAUAUUCUAACAAAAACGCUUAUGAAGUAUCAUGGCGUGAAUCGUGACUUCAAUGUUCAUAGUUUGGCUCAAGUUUUGAGAGGAUAUGAUAUAAAUAGCAUCAAGAAAUCUAUAGAAUCAUUAAUGUCCAGUGACCGUAUAGCCAAACUCCCAUACAAGCCUCUAGAUCCAAAGGAAGUAAUCGACGCGGUUUUGGAAAAUCCAACCACAUUGUUUACUGGCGAAAACGACUUUGAUAUGUACAGACAGUGGUACGCGUCAUACUCGCCAUGGGGUCAAAAGUACCUGGAUUAUCUAUUUAUGUUGGAAUCCCAGCUCAAUUACAAAUUAAAGGCAGAGAAAAAGAAAAAUUAAUCCAUUUUUGUGACAGUAAAA